GCACUCAAUACACUCGACUUUUCAGUAGACUUGCGAUCCGCGAACAAGGCAGCGAUCAUGGGUGUUGUUCUUCACUACAGUAUUUUCUUUAUGCUGUACAUACAUUCUUUAAGAAUUUGCUUCGGUUGUUUGGAUGGUAAGUUCUUCUUUUUCCGCCUUGUGGUUUCAAUCAUAUUUGGCUCGCUAUAGUUCCAAAAACUGAGCGUCAAAAUAGUGACAAACACAUUUAUGACCUGAAAGAAGAUAAAAAAAAAAAUUAAAAUUAGCUAGACCGACUAUAAAAAUUGGAACAAAGAGUAGCUGCUAAAUUUUCUGCUCUAAUAUACUGCCCAUGAAUAUGACUUUUUUACGGCUUACGGUUAAUUUCUCUUCUUUACAGUUAACAGACAUAUGCAAAAAAGUCACUUCACAUGCCAGAAGUUCCGCAGAAUUAGUUUUCGUGGUUGCAAAAUUUUUUAAGGCUCGUAGGACUCCGAGGAUCGUCGUUCCCGGAGGGGAGAAAACGCAAAAAGUUCUAAACAAGCGUUUUCAAAACUCCAUAAAUGACAAAUUUCGGUUGGGGACCAGCUUUUUACACUGUUAACGUCUUUUUACAUUUUCUAGCGAUAAACCCAUCUUUGUAGGCUUUCUUUGUUUAUUUAGCCUGUUACGUCUGGUCGCUGGCAAAAUGAUUGCUCUACAAGAAUCUACAGUUGAAGAAAAGAAAAGAGACUCUAGCUAUUAUUAGUGAGAAAAAAAAGCUGGUAACAAUGUCGGUGUGCUAGGAGCUUUGAGUCCCUCUUUCCCUCUUAUUUCUUUUCGUUUCUUGUUAGUUCGACUUGUCACUUCCCUUCCGCAGGCCAAGGCUCCUUAUUGUCUGUUCUUAUUAUCUUUAUUUUUACUUUGGACCCCCUACCAUGUUAACACUCUACGUUAAUGCGACCCUAGUUGUACCCCUCUUUAGUUAAGUUGACGAAUCCUUUUCUAGCUCGAAAAUGUCCUGCCAUUUCCUUAUUCGAAAACCUCGUUCAACAUGACCACUUACUUUUAUGGAGCUAUAUGGGUUGUACAACGUUGAUUAAUACGACCAUAUUUUUAAAGCCCAACGGUCAUCGUAUUAACGCGAAUUUUAUUCUACUCAACUGUCCUUGUUUCCUUUGUGGUCCAUUUAAUAUAUAUGUUUAAGACGUUCACUGAAUGUUGGCCUUUUUUCAGAAAAAAUAUAAAUGUACUCGUAGACGGUUAAGGCUAAAUAAAUGUUAUUUAUUUUGUCCUCUUUGGGCGUGAGUCAGUGUUGAUUAGCGUUAUAGAAGUUUUCCUUUGAAUUCAGAAAAUCUAUUUUAUGUUUUAUUCUAUUUAAUGCAAGGAUUUGUUUAUUCAUUCAAUCAUGCAGCUUCUAAACAGACUGACUAAUUAACAUGGCAACCUAAUGAAUGUUGAAUUAGAGGAAACAAGAACGCGCUUACAGGGGCAUUCAAGUCUCGCCUGAAAGGAGAUUAGAUCGAGAAAUGAGGAGGCGAUUAAUUCUGCAAGAAACAUGAUUUACUCGCUAAAGGUUUUUUACUUCCUACUUUAUCGACGUCGAUACUUUUUAUUUGUUUCUGAAUUGAUUUAGUACGCGUGUUAGCGACAACCAAAAAUACCUCUCCGGUAGCAGGCUAUACGCGCGCAUAAACACACGAAAAUUCAAGGGCCUCGAUUCCAGAGAAAUUACAUGCCAGAUAUCGAAAAAGUGAUUUACAUGCACGUCAUUUCAAUCAUCGCCGAAAAUAAAUCGCAUGCUCAUCACAACACUCAUUUGCAUACAGUGAAUUAUGCAGUUGCCAGCGGACUCAACGAACAACAUGGAAACCUAUUUAAAAGUUAAAUAACAGGAGACAAGUGUGAGAAAAUUUUUAACAAAAUUAAUAUAAAAUUGAGUUUCGAUGUUGUCACUGCGGAUUAACCCUCACAUCAUAAACUGUUCACAAGGAGAAAGUUUCUAAGAAACAAAGAAUUCUGUUAUUUGCGUGAUAAGGGAAAAAUAUUUUCACAAUAAACACGACAGGUUACCACUUUUCAAGACAGGUGGCCAUGGGCAUAUCAUCUUCCUGUUUUCUUGUUUUCAGCCUUUUCAUCUGGCUUUUACAAACUUUAAAACGAGUCAUCGUCUUUUUUCCUUAAAAAUGGGGUUUUCUUUAUAGAGCUCGACCAAUUGACAGAAAAAUAUUGGGUCUAGAGAGCUAACAAUUAUAUCCAUCUCCUUGUUGUCAUUUUUUGAUAUACUUUGCUGUUUUAAUAAGCCAGUUUGAAGAAUAAAAUAUACUCUUCCAGGAAGAUCAUCAGCGAUUCCAAAAACCCAGCAAGUUUAAUUAAUAUAAAUAGAAGUUUCAUCAAAUUUCAGAUAAAACGUGGCUGAAAGAGCCGGAGUGUAAACUAAAAUAUAAGUUUUUACGUUCCAUGAACUUCAAUCUUGUUUACAAAGGACAGUUGCUUUAUAUUUAUCGAAGCUCUUUUUGUCGCCCAAAAAAAGUCAGAAUUGCUAAAUGAAAUUUUUCCUUUUUUAAUUCAGAUAAUUGCCGCGUACUGGCGUUUCCGAGUUAUUUCCUAAUUGCUGACAAGUGUUUGGAGAGCCACACGAUCUUAAUUGUCCAACAUGUCCAAGAUAUCAGUCUUUGUAAACUGCUUUGUUACAACGAACCAAACUGCGUCAGUGUGAAUUACGAGAUACAAACAAAAAAACGAUGUGAACUGAACAAUUCAACACACCUAGCGCACGAUGCAGACUUUAAAGAGAGGGAAGGCUGCUUAUAUCAUGGAGCAACUGUAAGUUUUUUGUCUUCUCUUUUCUUGUCUUUUUUUCUUUUAUGAUCUGUUUUCAUCAUCUUCAAGACCAUGGAUCAUUAUCUCAUCAUAGUCAUCAUUAUCACAGGAGAUGGCGUCUUCGUCAUUAGGAGUGAACGUCUCUUAAAAAAGUUAACUCAGGCUGUUUCAAAAUUCAUAGCUUAUUUUCCAUGUCGCGAUUUGUCAAAUGUUGGUGAAUCAGUUCGGGUGUUAAGUUAAAAAAAAAAAAGAAAAGAAUCAGAAAUCGUUGUCCAGAAACGUGAAAUUAGGCAGGUCAUGAGACGACACGAACGAAAUAUACAAUUAAGCUUAAUCCACAAGCAAAGUUUUUUUUUUAAUUUGGUAAACUAAACCUAUUUGCUUUUUCGACGUUUUCGUUGUCUUCGACGUCAUCGUUGUUUAAGCUCCCUAUUAUCAUCAUCAUCUUCGUGAUAAUUACUAUCAUCCUCAUCAUUAUCGUCAUCUUCAUCUUGUAGUUUAUAGUUGACGCUCGAUCAUGAAGGUUUGGCGUAACUUCUGUUACAAAUCAGACCUGAUUUUUGUUCUUUUUAAAGAGUGCUUGUAAUAAUCCCCGUUGCCAUAACAACGGUACCUGUCAGUCUGGACUCACAGAGAAAAAAUAUCGGUGUUUAUGUCCUUCUGGUUUCACUGGUGAACACUGUGAGAAUGGUAAGUUGUUCUUGAAAGUUACUUUCUUUUUUCUUUUCAUCCAGAUCCUUAGAUAAGUGGGGGCCCGGUUUCGAAACAAAAAUUUCUUCGGCCCUGAGGUCCUCAGCUUGGUCUAAAAAUAAGGGAGGGGGGGCCGGGCCCCUCCCCUGGAUCUGCCACUGCAAAUCUCUAUAAAUUUGGGUAACACAUUUCGUCGGAUAUCUCGUAUACGAAAUAUUCCUCUGACCUGAAUCUUGGUGAGGGUCUUUGCAUACUUAUCUUCGUUUAUUUCCCAGAUUCUAUACUUUAUCUAUUAGACGGUUUUGAUUCUUAUUUUGAUCUGUUUUGAACGGCGUGAUACUGAAAACCGGCAAUACCUCUAUGGUCUUUGCAAGGAAGUUCAUUUGAUUGAACUCGCGAGGGGCGGGAAGACUUCCAUAAAAAAUGCUAGUCAGAAAUUAGUAUUUUAGGAAACUAACCGGGGCGUGGCCUUUUGUUCUUAUCAAGAAAAUAUGACGGCAUUUGUUUUUUAUAUAUAGAGAGAGAGAAAGAGAGAUCUCUUUAGGAAAAAACCCAAACUCAUCCUCUCUAGCCCUCAGCGAUACCUUAAUGGGUUAAACAUUGAAUUCCUACCCUGCAUACCUCAAGUGUGACCAAAAUUGGUACGUUUUACCCUAAGGGGAAGCGAAGAGCAUCUACGUCACAUUCAUAUGGGAGUCCCCCAACCCCCGGGCUCGAGCUUCUAAGUCUAAUGGGAACCGAUGAAAUCGGGUUGUAGAUAUUUUUUGAUAACUCACCGUGAACACAGCUAAGGGCUAAAUUCAGUUUUAACUUAAUAAAUUUCGACGGAACAUAAGUUGUGAUGACAAGAACAAGAGUGUCAAAUAUCGAAACUGUGGGUCCAACCAUAAUCGUUUGCUGAAGAUGUCAAAAGUCUUAAUUUUCUCAUAACUAAUUAAGUUCAUAAGUGAAGGUGAAAAACAAAAAACAAAAACCAAAAAAGCAAAUUAAACAAUAGGUCAAUGUCUUAACAGACGGAGAAACAGGCUAUAUUUUUGCUUUGGUUUCGACACCAAUGUUUUCGCUUGCCACUUAUACUGUUACUAUCUUCCAGCAACCUCUUUUCUUGAUUUCACUGUAGAUAUAUAUUAACUGGGGAAAGUCUAAAACACGUCAAAUGCGAAAUAAAUUUGUUUCUAUUAUUGAUCAAUAUAAUUUCAGACAUCAAUGAGUGCAAAGAAGGAACCCACAAUUGCAGUUCUAAUGCGGUUUGUAAUAACACCAAAGGAUCCUACAACUGCACAUGUAAACCAGGAUAUGAAGGGGACGGAAAUAAUUGCACAGGUAAUUUCUUUCUUAACUUGGUCAUUUUGUAUGCCUUCGAAAGCAUUGCUGUUUUUAUUUUUCCGUAGUAAAAUGAUCUUUAUAGCAAGUACUUGUCAGAUAGUUGACCAUAUUACCUCAGUCAAAAUUUUAAGCGGAAUGUUUUAUAACGCUUGGUACAGUGUACCUUGUAUUUUCAAUGUUUUGUCGACCUCCCCCCACAAGAAUCUUCAUUUUUAAAGGAGGAGAGAUUUCAUGGAAGAAGAAGAAGAAGAAGAAGAAGAAGAAGAAGAAGAAGAAGAAGAAGAAGAAGAAGAAGAAGAAGAAGAAGAAGAAGAAAAAGAACGUCAAUGGCCGGCAUCAGAAACUUUGCUUUUUUUUCCUAAUGUAUUUCUUUUCAUACUGCAAACUAAGCUUGCCAUUGUUUAAUAUGAUUUCAGACAUCAAUGAGUGUAAUGCGGGAACUCACAACUGCAGUUCUAAUGCGUUUUGUAAUAACACCAAAGGAUCCUACAACUGCUCUUGUAAGCCUGGAUAUACGGGAGAUGGAUGGACCUGUACAGGUAAAUGAUGUUGUAAUGGCUGCAGUAAAGUUGGAAGUUAGACAGCUCCUAUGGAAAUUAUAAGUGCCGAUAGGACCCUCGCUAACAAAUAAUUUUAAAAAAAUGAAGUUCAGGCCAAGAUAACGUAUAAUAGACCUUGUCGCGGUUUUCGACGCCAUCUUGACGAGUAGGCUAACGUGUGAGAAAUUACAGUGUUUGUAUGAGAAUCUAAUGUCGAAUAAUUUCCGUAAACGGCUGUUCUAAAACAAAUGUCAAUUGUAAACUAAGGCUACAAAGCAAAGGAUUGUCUUAAAAAAUUUGGUAGGCUUACCUGGGCUUAAAUUUCUCCAGAGGCUUGCUUGAGAUUUUCCAUAUAUUUGUCUAUAAUUUUCCCGUGACUUUCUUACAGACAAUUGUAUACAAAAUUUUUAAAAGUGGUUCUAGGUCUUCUAGUGCAUGUAACGCCCUCAAUAUUUUUCAGUAGAAUCCUUAGGAGUGAAGCUUUAGUUUACAAAUCAUAUUUUUUUCAGAACAGCCGUUCUAAGGAAAUUAUUCGACAUUACAUUCUCAUACAAACGCUGUAAUUUCUCACGCGUUUGCCGACUCUUGUGUCAAGAUGGCGUCGAAAACCGAGACCGAGGCCGUGUUAUCCCGUUUUCCUGUUCAUCGGAAUGGACAUUUUGCCUUUACGUCUUUUAUAGAGCUCGACCAAUUGACAGAAAAAUAUUGGGUCUAGAGAGCUAACAAUUAUAUCCAUCUCCUUGUUGUCAUUUUUUGAUAUACUUUGCUGUUUUAAUAAGCCAGUUUGAAGAAUAAAAUAUACUCUUCCAGGAAGAUCAUCAGCGAUUCCAAAAACCCAGCAAGUUUAAUUAAUAUAAAUAGAAGUUUCAUCAAAUUUCAGAUAAAACGUGGCUGAAAGAGCCGGAGUGUAAACUAAAAUAUAAGUUUUUACGUUCCAUGAACUUCAAUCUUGUUUACAAAGGACAGUUGCUUUAUAUUUAUCGAAGCUCUUUUUGUCGCCCAAAAAAAGUCAGAAUUGCUAAAUGAAAUUUUUCCUUUUUUAAUUCAGAUAAUUGCCGCGUACUGGCGUUUCCGAGUUAUUUCCUAAUUGCUGACAAGUGUUUGGAGAGCCACACGAUCUUAAUUGUCCAACAUGUCCAAGAUAUCAGUCUUUGUAAACUGCUUUGUUACAACGAACCAAACUGCGUCAGUGUGAAUUACGAGAUACAAACAAAAAAACGAUGUGAACUGAACAAUUCAACACACCUAGCGCACGAUGCAGACUUUAAAGAGAGGGAAGGCUGCUUAUAUCAUGGAGCAACUGUAAGUUUUUUGUCUUCUCUUUUCUUGUCUUUUUUUCUUUUAUGAUCUGUUUUCAUCAUCUUCAAGACCAUGGAUCAUUAUCUCAUCAUAGUCAUCAUUAUCACAGGAGAUGGCGUCUUCGUCAUUAGGAGUGAACGUCUCUUAAAAAAGUUAACUCAGGCUGUUUCAAAAUUCAUAGCUUAUUUUCCAUGUCGCGAUUUGUCAAAUGUUGGUGAAUCAGUUCGGGUGUUAAGUUAAAAAAAAAAAAGAAAAGAAUCAGAAAUCGUUGUCCAGAAACGUGAAAUUAGGCAGGUCAUGAGACGACACGAACGAAAUAUACAAUUAAGCUUAAUCCACAAGCAAAGUUUUUUUUUUAAUUUGGUAAACUAAACCUAUUUGCUUUUUCGACGUUUUCGUUGUCUUCGACGUCAUCGUUGUUUAAGCUCCCUAUUAUCAUCAUCAUCUUCGUGAUAAUUACUAUCAUCCUCAUCAUUAUCGUCAUCUUCAUCUUGUAGUUUAUAGUUGACGCUCGAUCAUGAAGGUUUGGCGUAACUUCUGUUACAAAUCAGACCUGAUUUUUGUUCUUUUUAAAGAGUGCUUGUAAUAAUCCCCGUUGCCAUAACAACGGUACCUGUCAGUCUGGACUCACAGAGAAAAAAUAUCGGUGUUUAUGUCCUUCUGGUUUCACUGGUGAACACUGUGAGAAUGGUAAGUUGUUCUUGAAAGUUACUUUCUUUUUUCUUUUCAUCCAGAUCCUUAGAUAAGUGGGGGCCCGGUUUCGAAACAAAAAUUUCUUCGGCCCUGAGGUCCUCAGCUUGGUCUAAAAAUAAGGGAGGGGGGGCCGGGCCCCUCCCCUGGAUCUGCCACUGCAAAUCUCUAUAAAUUUGGGUAACACAUUUCGUCGGAUAUCUCGUAUACGAAAUAUUCCUCUGACCUGAAUCUUGGUGAGGGUCUUUGCAUACUUAUCUUCGUUUAUUUCCCAGAUUCUAUACUUUAUCUAUUAGACGGUUUUGAUUCUUAUUUUGAUCUGUUUUGAACGGCGUGACACUGAAAACCGGCAAUACCUCUAUGGUCUUUGCAAGGAAGUUCAUUUGAUUGAACUCGCGAGGGGCGGGAAGACUUCCAUAAAAAAUGCUAGUCAGAAAUUAGUAUUUUAGGAAACUAACCGGGGCGUGGCCUUUUGUUCUUAUCAAGAAAAUAUGACGGCAUUUGUUUUUUAUAUAUAGAGAGAGAGAAAGAGAGAUCUCUUUAGGAAAAAACCCAAACUCAUCCUCUCUAGCCCUCAGCGAUACCUUAAUGGGUUAAACAUUGAAUUCCUACCCUGCAUACCUCAAGUGUGACCAAAAUUGGUACGUUUUACCCUAAGGGGAAGCGAAGAGCAUCUACGUCACAUUCAUAUGGGAGUCCCCCAACCCCCGGGCUCGAGCUUCUAAGUCUAAUGGGAACCGAUGAAAUCGGGUUGUAGAUAUUUUUUGAUAACUCACCGUGAACACAGCUAAGGGCUAAAUUCAGUUUUAACUUAAUAAAUUUCGACGGAACAUAAGUUGUGAUGACAAGAACAAGAGUGUCAAAUAUCGAAACUGUGGGUCCAACCAUAAUCGUUUGCUGAAGAUGUCAAAAGUCUUAAUUUUCUCAUAACUAAUUAAGUUCAUAAGUGAAGGUGAAAAACAAAAAACAAAAACCAAAAAAGCAAAUUAAACAAUAGGUCAAUGUCUUAACAGACGGAGAAACAGGCUAUAUUUUUGCUUUGGUUUCGACACCAAUGUUUUCGCUUGCCACUUAUACUGUUACUAUCUUCCAGCAACCUCUUUUCUUGAUUUCACUGUAGAUAUAUAUUAACUGGGGAAAGUCUAAAACACGUCAAAUGCGAAAUAAAUUUGUUUCUAUUAUUGAUCAAUAUAAUUUCAGACAUCAAUGAGUGCAAAGAAGGAACCCACAAUUGCAGUUCUAAUGCGGUUUGUAAUAACACCAAAGGAUCCUACAACUGCACAUGUAAACCAGGAUAUGAAGGGGACGGAAAUAAUUGCACAGGUAAUUUCUUUCUUAACUUGGUCAUUUUGUAUGCCUUCGAAAGCAUUGCUGUUUUUAUUUUUCCGUAGUAAAAUGAUCUUUAUAGCAAGUACUUGUCAGAUAGUUGACCAUAUUACCUCAGUCAAAAUUUUAAGCGGAAUGUUUUAUAACGCUUGGUACAGUGUACCUUGUAUUUUCAAUGUUUUGUCGACCUCCCCCCACAAGAAUCUUCAUUUUUAAAGGAGGAGAGAUUUCAUGGAAGAAGAAGAAGAAGAAGAAGAAGAAGAAGAAGAAGAAGAAGAAGAAGAAGAAGAAGAAGAAGAAGAAGAAGAAGAAGAAAAAGAACGUCAAUGGCCGGCAUCAGAAACUUUGCUUUUUUUUCCUAAUGUAUUUCUUUUCAUACUGCAAACUAAGCUUGCCAUUGUUUAAUAUGAUUUCAGACAUCAAUGAGUGUAAUGCGGGAACUCACAACUGCAGUUCUAAUGCGUUUUGUAAUAACACCAAAGGAUCCUACAACUGCUCUUGUAAGCCUGGAUAUACGGGAGAUGGAUGGACCUGUACAGGUAAAUGAUGUUGUAAUGGCUGCAGUAAAGUUGGAAGUUAGACAGCUCCUAUGGAAAUUAUAAGUGCCGAUAGGACCCUCGCUAACAAAUAAUUUUAAAAAAAUGAAGUUCAGGCCAAGAUAACGUAUAAUAGACCUUGUCGCGGUUUUCGACGCCAUCUUGACGAGUAGGCUAACGUGUGAGAAAUUACAGUGUUUGUAUGAGAAUCUAAUGUCGAAUAAUUUCCGUAAACGGCUGUUCUAAAACAAAUGUCAAUUGUAAACUAAGGCUACAAAGCAAAGGAUUGUCUUAAAAAAUUUGGUAGGCUUACCUGGGCUUAAAUUUCUCCAGAGGCUUGCUUGAGAUUUUCCAUAUAUUUGUCUAUAAUUUUCCCGUGACUUUCUUACAGACAAUUGUAUACAAAAUUUUUAAAAGUGGUUCUAGGUCUUCUAGUGCAUGUAACGCCCUCAAUAUUUUUCAGUAGAAUCCUUAGGAGUGAAGCUUUAGUUUACAAAUCAUAUUUUUUUCAGAACAGCCGUUCUAAGGAAAUUAUUCGACAUUACAUUCUCAUACAAACGCUGUAAUUUCUCACGCGUUUGCCGACUCUUGUGUCAAGAUGGCGUCGAAAACCGAGACCGAGGCCGUGUUAUCCCGUUUUCCUGUUCAUCGGAAUGGACAUUUUGCCUUUACGUCCUAAUUAGUACAACAGUUAAUACAAAAUGGCCACAUGAACAUGUUGGUCACAUGAUCAGUGUUCAUGUGACCUAAAGUAGUCACCAUUUGGCAAAGACAACGAUGUUGAUGCUGUCGAAACGUCUAUUUAAAAAGAUUCACCUUGUUUAAUAAAUCACUUUUUUUUUCAACAUACACUCAGUGUAGCUAAUAUCGUUAUCUUACUUCUUACAGCUUCAACGUGCAAGGACAUUUAUGUUUAUGACAGGACUUUGUAAGUACAAGCGAUAGAAAAUAACUUGAUAAAAAGACACUAAACCAAAUUCUAAAAUAUAUAUUUUUUAAAUCUCUGAGGGUUCCAAAAUAAAAUUGCUAAAAUUUCUUCUUAAUUUUCUCCACUAAUUGGCAAGUUAAAUACAGGAAAAUCGGGGAGGUCAACGUUGAGAAGAUUAUCUGGAUUCAGAACAAAAAAUGGAAAUUGCUAUAAAGUCAGUAAGAAAAUAGCAGUAAACCAAAUACUUAAGCCAUACUCGUGUUCAACACCGGAGGUCGAAAAUAAAACAACAAAAUAAAAAAGAAGGAAAGAAACUGAAUGAGUUUAUUCAGGAGUGUUCGGCACUGUGGUCAAGACAAUUACAGCCUUUUUUGGAGUCAGCGAAAUGUACUAAAUCUCUGAACUAUAUAUAAAAAUUGGAGUUUCUGAUGUUUAGAUUAGACCCUGAACAUAUUACAGAAUCACUGCGAAUAAAACCGUUUUCAUAAGAUUGUAAAAGGCAAUCAGUGAAGAAAGUCGAUUGUCUCCCAUAGUGUCAAAUGUGUGCGCGACAUAAGCAUGCAAGUUUCAAAUGUCAUCCCUUCACUUCUAACGACCCGUUCAAUUAAUCUCCUUCGUACAUAAUUUUUUUGUGAAUAAAGGAGUUCUACCUACUUAGUAUUCUAAAAAACCUUACCCAAUAACGUAACUGUUACAUAAAAACAAAAUAUGUGAUACAAACCAGACGCACUUCUUUAUUUAUAGGGUUAUAUAUAUAUCGCGCAUUCCUAGCCUUUUUGCAGAACAUUUUGCAACGUCGUUGCAGAUUCUUCAGCUCAACUGCGGCGAUCCCGACCCGACUCCAAAACAUAUUCCCAUACCCAUAACAAAGAAAACCACGCAUAAUUCUAAAUUCGCCAGAUUUCUUAAGAAACUAGUGUGCUCUAACAAAAAGGAGAAAAAUAGCUAUGUCAUUCUGAAUGAACUUAGCCAUUUUGGUGGCUUGUUUGUUCAGGGCCAAAGAAAACACAGCGUAUUUGCUGGAUGUUGGGUCUACCAAGGUUCCCGUAUACUGUCACAUGAGCGAGCAUGGUCUUGAUACAUGCGGAGGAGGUGGAUGGACGCUGGUCAUGAAGAUCAAUGGCUCAAAGGUAUUAAAAGUUAAAUGUUCAAAAGCUGAUUAACUACGUGGUCGCUCGUCAACAAGCUUACUCCACCUGUUAAGAUAAACUUUUAAUGCUAGAUCAAAAUGCAGACUAGUAGAUGAAAUAUAUAUUCAGCUUGAGACAAAGUAUGAACAAGGAAAUGACAGCAGUAAUAGACUAGACAAGUGAGCUAAGGCAAAGGCGUUCUUGAGGGACACACGUCAACUGGAAAUGAUACCUUUUCCCUUUUAUUAUGCCUUAACGCUACCAAAUUUUUAUUGCUUAGUGUGUUGACUCAAACAGAGACGGUUUGCCCGAAAAUUUCGGCAAAACUACCGCCCAAGAAUGCAAAACGUCAGGAGCACCCAACGAGAAGAUAGUUCAAACCACUUAGACAUAGUAUUGUUAAACGUAUUUUAGUAUUUAAACGGUAGAAAUAGGCAUAUUUUUAUCACCUAGAAAUUUUUCAUCUGUUCGGAUUUCCUAGCUGAAAGUCUAGUGAUCCGAAAAUUAUAGGGAUCAAAACUUACCUUUUCGAAAAUUUCAGAUAGAAAAAAGGCUCCCGAAAAUUCUAGGUGACCUUUUAAGGGAAAAAAUCCGUUAAAAUGGGCAAUUAUACCAUUUUUUAGAUGUUCAAAAAUCCUAGGAGAGGCAGGCAAGCAAAUUUUACAACAAAUGUUCAGAAAUUCUAGAUUGCAAAUCGUCAUCCGAACAGAUAUUUUCCGAAAAUUUUUGUUGGGUGCCCCUGAACGUCGCUCAUCUUUGCUUAAACUCUCCAGUGAGACAGACCAAUUAAAACGACUCGACCUAGCUUUCCGACCAUAUUUCAGUGCCCAAACAUGUAUAACAGCAAACUGAUCAACUACUUUUUGUUCCAAAUGCACCCAGAAAACGUUUUACUACAAUUCCAGUCUCUGGAGGAACAAAGUCGACUUUAAUCUUACAGGAGGGGAGACUGGGUUGGACACUCACGAGACCAAGUUACCGACUUAUUGGAACACACCGUUUAACAAGAUCUGUCUUGGAAUGAAGGUCGAUCAGCAGUUCAAGUCUGUUGUCAUCAACUAUCAAGCCAGAUCCCUGUAUUCACUGAUCGCAGAUAACAUAUACCGAAAUACUUCACUGGGCCGUAACACGUGGAAGAAACUCAUUUGGUCUCAGGCCUCUUUGCAAACCAAAUGUAACAAGGAAGGAUUCAACGUUCUAUGUCACGGCAGCAGCCCCUCCAAAGCGAGAAUUGGUAUCGUUGCUAACAAUGAAGAUGACUGUGAAAGCUGCGACUCCAGAAUCGGGUUUGGCACUGGAGGGUAUUAUGAUGAUUCCAACACGUGUGGCAAUGAAGCUACUUAUGAAGCAGAUAAUGGCAACCGGCACAUAAAAGCCAUGGGAUACAUCUUGGUCCAAUAAUCGCGGUAAUUCGCUGAGAAACUGCCUUCAAACCGCAGUCAAAAAGGCAGAAGUGGCCCUUAAAGACAACUAAGAUACUUUUGAUUGUUGUAAUAUGUGGUUUUAAUCGAAGAAAGGAUUGGCGCUGAAAUAAAAAA